AUGGUAUUGUGAAAAAAAGAUAAAACUAAAUAGUAAUGGAAGCUGUUAAGGGAAUAGUGUGUGUGACGGGAGGUACGGGGUUCAUAGCUUCAAUGCUGAUCAAGAGGCUUUUGGAAGAGGGUUACUCUGUUCGUACCACUGUUAGACCUGAUCCGGGUAACAAAAGAGACCUUAGUUUCCUCACCAAUCUGCCAGGUGCAGCCGAAAAGCUCAAAAUCUGCAGUGCAGAUCUUAAUGAUCCCGAUAGCUUCGAUGCGGCCAUUGAGGGGAGCAAAGGAGUGUUCCAUGUUGCUACUCCUGUCGAUUUCGAGUACAAAGAACCUGAGGAAAUCAUAACUGAAAGGGCAAUCAAUGGAACUCUAGGCAUCUUGAAAGCAUGCUUGAAAUCAAAAACGGUGAAGAGAGUUGUCUAUACUUCUAGUGUAGCCACCGUCGUACACAACGGUCAGGAUUCGGACAUGAUGGAUGAGAAUUUUUGGUCUGAUGUGGAUUUCAUUAGAGAAAAUGAAACCCCAAGCUUUCGUUCUUACUCGAUUUCCAAAACAUUGACAGAAAGGGCGGCUCUUGAUUUUGGUGCAGAACAUGGACUGGAUGUGGUGACAGUGAUUCCUAGUCUUGUUGUUGGUCCUUUCAUAUGCCCCAAGUUCCCUGGCUCAGUGCGCUCAUCUUUGGCCCUGGUCUUUGGGAACCAUUCCGAAUAUAGUUUUCUUUUGAAUACAUCAUUGGUGCAUGUUGAUGACGUGACAAGGGCACAUAUUUUCGUUUUUGAAUAUCCUGAUGCGAAAGGGAGAUACAAUUGUUCUUCAAACACCGUGAGUCUUCAAAAGUUGUCUAAAUUUCUUGGUGGCAGAUACCCACAGUUCUCAAUUCCGACACUUGAAUCCUUAGCAGAAAUCAAAGGUAGAAAAAAUCCUGGGGUGUCAUCAAAGAAAUUAUUGGAUACAGGUUUUAAAUAUAAUUAUGGGGUCGAGGAAAUGUAUGAUGAUGCUAUCAACCGUUGCAAGGAAAGAGGAUAUCUCUAGUUGGCCUAUAUUGACUAUUUCUAUGGAAAAAAAGAAGCAGGGAAAAAGGGCAUGAAAGAAGAUGUGAUUGGGUUGAUUUAGACAUGUAAACGAACAGACAUGAAUAUAUUUAUGUUCGUGUUAGUUCGGUUCGUUUACAGACCUAGAUCGAUUCAAAGAUGAAAAAUUAGUUCCUUUGAAUCUUCUAAGAUUCCAAUAGAGUGUGUGUGUGGAUGAAGUUUUGUUAUAAUGUAAAUCUAAUAAACCAAUGUAUAUUGAUGAUGUUUUAUGGUUCCAA